AUGACGUUUAAUGACGUAAAAGUUCGAGAAGUCAGAUUUCACAACAAAUGUGAAUCAUCCAGUGUCAAAGUGGUACAUGAUGUGAUUAUUUUUGGUGAACAAAUUAAGGUAUUCUUCCCUAUUUGCAUGUUAUACCAAAUAUUCGUUCUACCUUUGGUAUAUAUUCAGGAAAAUAGUAAAUAUAUAUAAAAAGCGCGUAAUAAAUACCAAUAAAUCUUGCCACAUUGGUGUAAGAAAGUGUCAUCACCUGAUUUUGACAACCCAAAGGUGAUGAUGUUAGCAUAAUGGUGAUUUCAAAUUUUAGAAUGCCCAUCCAGGCACCUCAGUGGACGGAAUUCCUUUCAUGUCCAGUUUGCUGCAACUCUUUUGAUAUAAAACUUCGUAGUCCAAUAAGUUUGGGCUGUAGCCACACAAUAUGCAGGGGUUGUCUUUCAAAUCUACAUAGAAAACAAUGCCCCUUCGACCAAACAAAUAUAAGUAUUGACAUCGAGAAUUUACCAAUUAAUACUGCAUUAUUGCAACUUGUUGGACCAAAUGUAAGAAAUGAUAAUGAUGAAAUUGACUGUAAGAUUGUUCCUAGGGAAUAUCUAGAUUAUUACUUAGAAUGUAAAAGAUACAUUGAAGAAUUGGCUUUGUAUUUGAAGCCAUAUCCAAAUGGAAGUGUAUGUGGUAGUGGAAGUAUCUUAUCACGCCCUAUGCAAAGGAAACUUGUUACUCUGAUUAACUGCCAAUUGGUGGAAGAUGAGGGGAGAACUAGAGCUAUGAGAGCUGCAAGAUCUCUUGGAGAAAGAACAGUUACUGAACUUAUUCUUCAACACCAAAAUCCUCAACAAUUGUCUGCAAAUUUGUGGGCAGCUGUUAGAGCCAGAGGAUGUCAAUUCCUAGGACCAGCAAUGCAAGAAGAGGUACUGAAGCUCGUUCUGCUAGCUCUAGAAGAUGGUACUGCAUUGUCAAGAAAAGUUUUGGUUAUGUUCGUGGUACAAAGACUUGAACCUCAUUUUCCCCAAGCAUCCAAAACAAGUAUUGGCCAUGUUGUCCAGCUUCUAUAUAGAGCCUCCUGUUUUAAGGUAUCGAAAAGAGAAGGUGAUUCGUCACUAAUGCAACUGAAGGAAGAGUUCCGUACCUACGACGCUCUGCGUCGUGAACAUGACGCUCAGAUAGUGCAAAUAGCAACUGAAGCAGGUCUCAGGAUCGCUCCAGAUCAAUGGUCGGCUCUACUCUAUGGUGACACAGCCCAUAAAUCGCACAUGCAAAGUAUCAUCGAUAAACUUCAAACACCUCAAAGUUUCGCUCAAUCUGUCCAAGAGCUAGUGAUAGCGUUACAGAGAACGGGAGAUCCUGGAAAGUUGUCAGUGUUAAGGAAUUAUCUGGAUUUGUUGGCCAGUAUUGAUCCUAGUCCUGAAUCUGCUCCUCCAUCGUGGAAAGCCUGUUCAGAAUGCUUGAAAGCUGUUGGUCAAGUUGUAGCAGGUCUGGUGGAAUUUAUUCACCAACAUGGUAGUAGAAAAUUGCAAGAUACUGCCCAUUCACAACAUGCUAAAUAUAAAAUUAGUAUGUGCAGGGAUCUAACACUCAGAGGUAGUUGUCCAAGGGGUACCAACUGCACAUUUGCUCAUUCGAAUGAAGAACUGGAAAAAUAUAGGGCUAAGAAUCGAAAAACUAUCACGAGAAAUAAGGAACACCAUAUAGAAAACCAAUCGCCUACAGAAAAACCAUUUAAUCAAUCAGAAGAUUACUAUUCUAUUUCAAACACUGCGACUGUAAGUCCCGUGCCUCUUCCCCCAGUAGUUCAAAUACACAGGAUGGGAUAUGAUGUACCCUACCAUCCUAAUCCUACUUAUCCCACGACACAGCCAUUCACUCAACCGGUUUAUCCCACACCAACAACUUCGUUUCCCAUACACGAAAUGUACCCCCAGAAUCAUACCAAUAUCAUGUUGACCAAUGGAGGACAAUUCUAUCAAACACAACAGGGUGAUUUCACUACUGUAGGUACUCAACCUCAACAAGGGGUUGAUAUGAAGAGGUCAUGGGAUAUUGUGAUGUCGCAGAUAGCUAAAAAUCAAAAUAUAUCCCAACAACAAAAAUUAAAUCGAGGUUCGACGAAAAGUUUGGCCGAAUUACGUCAACGGAAACAAGAAGUGAUUUCGCAGUUGGAAAAAGUCGUUGGAAAAAUGGCUGCGGCUGAGAUAUCCAAUCACGCUAACACUUUGGCUAGACAAGAAUCGCAACACGAUUUGGAAAGUCCGACGUCGCCUUAUAACUUUUGGACGCCGCACAUAACUUCCGGUCCGACUUUUGUUAGAUCUGAUUCAAUUUUGGCAGCCGACGACGAUUACGUACCGUACGAUUCGCCGGCUAUCAGUAAAUUCGGACCCAUAUCUAGGAUGCAUAAGGACAAUGGAAUCACGCAACCCGGAGGACAACAAUUCAGGGAUAACCAGGCAAUGGUUCGACGUCCGGUUACAUCAGCAAGUCCAGUUUCACCUUGGUUCUAUAAUAACAACAAUCAUUACCAUCAAGCACCAAUGCCGACUGCUCAUCCCAUGGUAGGACCUCCGGGUAGUGAAGGAUAUGUUACUUAUGGAUCUCAACUGUUAUUUCAUCCAAGAUUGCAAGACCCGUCUAAAGAAUUAAUCGCCGAAUCACAAAGAGUGAAACUGCAACUGAGAAAUUUAGAAAAACAACUCAACGAUUUGAAAAUCGCCACACAAGGCGUGACUAAUUUGAGUGAGAGCGAAAGACUAACACAGGAAUUACAAUUAAUAGAACAAGGGAUACAAGAAAAACAAAAAGAGGCAUGUUUGUCUAAAAUCGUCCAAUCUUUAAACCAAGCUAUGGGUAAUUACAACAACGGUAACCCCUCAGGACAGUCAGAUGAUGCAAUGUACGAAGCCGAUAUAGCAAACGAUAUGCGUGAAUUGGAAUUAAGGUUACAAGAAGAACUAGAAGAAUGGAACGGCGAAGAUUCGCCAAAAUAAGUUAAAAUGAUAAUAUUUAGAUAAUUUUUACAUUUCCUCUCGUCAUAAUUUUUGUCAUCGAGGGAGGAAGAUCGCAAGGUAUUUGUUAUAAUUUAUUAUGCAUUGUCUUUUCAGAUCAUUUUGAUUUUUUUAGAUUGUGUGUAAUGAUGAAAUUAUUGUCUGUUUAACUGUCAAAUUCAAUAGGAUACUGAGUAAAUACAUUUCUAGAUACAUUUAUCAUACAAUGUAUAAAUUUAAUCGUAACAUGUUUUAGAUAUUUUUUUUUUUUUUGUAAAAUUACUCCGAUAUUAAUUUUGUAAAUCCAAUUUCCACUUUAAAUUAGCAUAAACUCGUUUAAUAAUUGAAUAAAAGAAGCGGAAUAGUUUAGAAAUUAUUAUUUUUUUGUUAAUUACAAAAUUUAUGUUUAUGUAACUAAAUUGGAAUCGUAUUUGUAAUUUGUCCCUCUGUAUUAAUAAAAAUUUACAGUUUCUGAAGAAUAACUCAACGCGGGGUUUGUAUUUAUUUAAAUUAAUGGCAUUUUUAUUGUGACAGUUGAAAUGACAUAAUUUACCUCAUAAUUCAAAGGUCGUCUGACGAUCAUUUCUAUAAUUUGUGAUAUUUUUGUUAAUUGACUUUUGUUAUCAUAUUUCAAAUAUUGAAAAAAAAAAAGAAUUCAUGAUAUUAGCAACAUUUGUGGGAUUUCUAUAUUUUGAUUAAUAAAUAAUAAUCUAUUAUUUUGAAGCAGCAAAAUGGUUGAUAAUAUCAUGGAAGACCAAACAUAAUCUGCAGGAAUGAAAAAUUAUGAAAUAGUUAUACUGAAUAGUCUUAAGAAAUUACCAGGCUGUAAACUAUAUACAAAUAUACCGAAAAAUCAUUUUAAUAUUUUAGUAAAUCGUGUAAUCUUGAAAAAUGCUUCAACUAUGUACAGGGUAUACCAAAAUAAAUUGAAUCGACAUAGUAUAUCAGUUCAGUUAUCUAUGGCUUCAUGUUAUACGGGAACUGCACCCUUAUUUUAUUUUUUGUAAAGGGAUUAUUUUGUUUAUUGUAUUGUUUCUAUGUAUUUCAAUAAUUAUUUCAAAUUACUUUGGUUAUUUUUUCUUGUUGCUCUAUCCAAAAACGUCUAAUACCUGAUAAUACAGUUAUUUGAAAUAAUUUUUUUCUAAUAUGAAACUCAGUUAUAUAAUUGUCGAAACUUCUGCAUUAGGCGCCAAUUUCUUACCACUCCUUAUCGUUUUUUUACAUUUACAAAUAUUUAGAAAGUUUCAUGUGUUAAUCAGGCAAAUGCUGGUAAUUUUUUCUUUAAAAAAAUAUUGUAAAUGUGUCAAAAGUUUUAAAAAAAUUGAAUCAAACUGAAACUUUUCAUGGUACUACAAUAGUUUCAUGCGAGUACUGAGUACUAUAAUAAAAAAUAGGUACACGAGGGAAUAUUUUUUACUCUUGCAGCUAUAAUUAAUAAUUAGAUUAUUUAGAUUUUUCUAUUUAGAAUACACUAACACUCGUUAAGACCCAUUAAUUAGUUCGAAAGGAUCAUUUCGUUGGAUUACUGGUUGUACCACGAGGUUGGAUGUCAGUCUGUUUGGAUAAUAUUUUAAUCUAUUUUUAUUUCUUACGGAUAAGUUUAUUUAUUUCCGUUUUGACCGGUUCCACUUAAAGAACGCAGGCUACAACAAACCAUGGAGCAUUUAUAACAAUUCUUAGCACUUUCACUUAGAAUCGAUCAAAAAUUUCAAUACUAGAAUUGCCUGUUGAUCCCCACAGUAGGAUACCGUAGGUCUAAAUGGAUGUGAGGAUUGCCUUGUAAAUCUGUACCUUAUUUGUUAUAGAUAAUUGAGAUUUUAUACCUGGGAAAAAUAUGAAAAAUUUAUUGAAAAUGUAUAGUACUGUUUUAAAUAAUUUGAAAAGAUAUUUACAAUAGAGUUGUUUUGAAAUUUAUCUAAAAAUGAAAUAAAAACAUGGUGCUUCAAAUGAAAAUAAAACAAAUUGGAAUACAAUUCUGGUAUGGUAUAACUAGAAUUCAUAUAAAAUUGAAAAUAUUUUAACCGUAUCCGGCUUCUUGGAAAACUCAUUUUUACAUAUUUUCAAAAAAAAUAUUACCUAUACACCUGUCUACUCAAAUUAUCGUAGCAUACCCUGUAUAUAUAGCUGUACCUAUAAAAUUAUUUUCUCAUGUAUACUUUUUACAUCACACAACAACCUCAAUAAAUUAGAUUAUGUGAAUUGAUAUACAUUAUUUCAUUUUCGGUUAAAUUGAAAUGAGGAUGGUCUAUAAUUUCAACGGGUACAGCUUUAGCUUAGUAAAAUUGAAAGAGGAAAUGCAUAAAAUGCGCUCGUGUGCAAUAAAAUGAAAUUUUAUGACGAUUAAAAGUAAUUAAAAUGGAAAUAUAUUUAUAUAAAAAGUUAAUCUUGUCAUUUCAAAAAUGAUUUAACCAAAUGUUUAAAGUACAUUCUUAAUAGCGUUAAAUACAAAACGAUAAUUAUACAUUUCAAGUUUAAUAAAUUACGACAGCAGUUAUUCCAGUUUUAGUGGAAAGCUGGGAUGGUAAAUUCUGUUCAAGAAAAGUCUUACUUCGACAAGAUUCUGUUAGUGUAUUCAAUUACUAACUGUACAUCUAUUUAAUUAUGGCCUUAUAGGUAAUUAAAUAUUUCUUAUUGCCAUGUAUAAAAAUGACAUUAUAUAUAAUUGCCAUAUCAAAAAUGUAUUUGUACUUUUCUUGAACUGAUUUGCCACCUAUGCAAAGUGGUAGGCGAAAUGUCAUCUAUUUUUAAUCAUACUGUGUGUGGUUGGUAUAUCAAUGUUAUGAGUUGAUAUAAAUAUAUUUUAUUUAUGUGUGCAUUUGUUUGAAAAUGCAACAAAAACUAAACAAAAUAAAUCAUUUUGUGAAUUAAAUUCUCUUAGUCAUUUAUUUAUUUAAGCUUAUUUGAAAAUAUUUAAACUUAUUUAUGGAAAGAAAAACUUGAACGAAAAUUAAUAUUUCAAGUCCAUUUUUAUAUUAUUGAAAAAUAGCAAUUUAUAUAAUAUUUUUGUUAAAAUUUAUUUAUACGAUUACUAUUUUAGUACCCGGUAUAUGUACAUCUAUUUAUCUUCAUAACAACCCUGGGUUGGUCUUGGUCAACUUCACAAUGGGUCUCUAUUACGAUUUCUAACAACUCCUAGUCAACCCUCAAACACAGGUUAUCGUAUACAGACAGGCUCUACAAAGAUUAUAUUCGUUCCUACUGUAGCAAUCCUGUCUACUAUUUCAUUUCCUUCCACUCCAGGGUGUAUCGGAACUCAUUGGAGGAUAAUUUUAUUAUUUUUGCUUAGUCCAUUGACCAGUUAGAUUUUAUGACAUUGGAGAUCAGAGCUACAAUGGCUAUUUGGGUAUCAGACAAUAAUUCCAUUCUAUUUUCAACUAGACAAACUUUUCAUUUAGAUUAUUUCUACUAAAAAAAUAAUUGAUGUAUUGAGCAAGAUUUGUUUCUGGGCCCGUACACUCCCAUUUCAGUUCUGUCUACUGUUUUGGAGCCAUCCGUAUACCAUUUAAUGGUAUUUCUGUUUAUUUCAUGGUGUUUUGAUCCCCUGUACUUCAAAUAACUUUAUGAUUUAUGGGCCCUGCAGCAGUCCCAUAAUAACACCUACCUUCUUUGUGACUUAAGUGAGAUUGUUUUAGGGUGAAACCCUAAUGAAAAUUCUAGUUUUGUCACAAAAAACCGGAAGAUUGGAUAUUUUUCCUACCAAAACUGAUCUCAUAUCAAAUUUUCUUCUCCGCUAAAAAACAACGUUAACCAAAUUGACGAAUAUACCGAGGUGACCAGAUAUAUCAUGAACAGUAUAACAACGGACAUAAGGACAUAAAAUAUUAAUUUUUUUUGUUCCAAACUAGAUUAUUAUAUUUAAAAUAACUUCUUGGAUGUUGCAUCUUUGGUGUUGAUAUUGUCUUACUUUUUAUUAGUAAACAAGUAAUAAGGGGUGAUACAUUACGCAACUAUUUUUUUUGUUCAAUUCCCCAAAGUAGUUUUUCAAAAAUGCUUGUAAAAUAAAUACAGUCAUUAUUUUAUCGAAAACAAAGGAACUAAACAAGAUGUAAAAUCGCGAGUGCAUAAUUAAUAGUGUCUUUAGGUUGAAUAUAGGGGAUGAUUCAAAAGUUAACAAAAAAUAUACAUAUAUGUCAUAUUUUUGAAACUAUUGUGCCAUUAUCAAACUUCAAAUUGUAUGAUGACUCGACGGAAAUGUUUAAAAAAAUAAUAAUGGCUGUAUUCAUUUUCAUUAAAAAUAAAUAUGGGUUCGAUAAGUUUGAGACAAUUUGAGAUAGUGAAAUUCGCAACUAUUUGACUGUUUUUUGAUAUAAUUUGGUUACAUCUUCAACGGGUAAUACCUGUAAACCAAUUUAAACUAAAUUAUUCUAUGAAAUAGAAUAUAUAUCUCUUUCCAUUGGUUCCAUAAUGUUUACCUGCUUAUGAAAUCAAGAAUUUUAUUAGUAAGUUUUGAAAACACUUUUAAUCGAACACCUUGAUCUAUUUCAGUUGUUCUGAGUGAAAAUAAAUAUUAAUUAAAGUGAUUAUGUAUCGAUCCAAUAAUGCAGAGGAUAAAAGUUUAUCUAACUGGGAAAUUUCGAUCAACGAAACAUUUAUUUUUAUAUAUAUUUGAAUUUUAUAAUUAUUAUUAAAGAAUUCAAUUGGUAGGUGUACCAAAAUAUAUCAAUUUUUUCAUUUCAAUAUCCCAAAUUGAAAAAAAAUAUAUAUGCUAAUUAUUUUUAUUAAAAAAUAUUUAUUAUCUAUUUACAUUGAGAAAAAAAAUAACAAAUAACAAAAUGUCGAUCAAUUUUGUAUAAAUUUUCAACCUUCCAAAUAAAAUUUAUUAUUUUUAUAAAACAGAAUAAAAUAUAUCUCAAUUUAUCACUAGCAAUAAAUCAGUACAUCAAUUGAUUGCUACCAAAAUACAAAGAAAUAUUGACAGAAAUAUAAUGUUAUAGCAAAGGACUGCUGCCAAUAUACCUCUGCAGCAAUUGUUUCUUAGCUAUAAACCAUAGUAAUUGAUCGCUGGUAAUACAUUCCCACAGCAAUUGAUUGUAAUAUAUCACCGUAGAAGAAUAUUGACAAAUAUGUUAUUAGAAUUUAUUGCUAGCAAUUCACUGUUACAAAAAUUUUUCGCAACACAAAUUGAUUGCUAAUGAUCAUCUGUAACAAUAUACCAUUACAAUUAAAUAUUGACAGAUAUAAUGUCAUAGCAAUUGAUUGCUAUCAAUUUACUUUUACAAAAAUUUAUCGCUUAUGAUAUAUUGCAACAGAAAUUGAUUGCUAACUAUAUAUUACUAAAUUAAUUAAUUAUCGGUGUUAUAUGUUUACAGAUAUUGUUGAAAUAAGCGAUUUCAUAAUACAAUUUGUGUUUCGCAUAUUUUCAAUAUAACUUUUUGUUUAUACAAAAAUGGUCGUAUUCUAACAUUUGCUUUUUUACAUACCAAACGUACUGAACCUAUAUUAUAAAUUAAAAAAAUUAACAAAUUAUAUGUUUUAAUGAAAUAAUUAUGUGUCUUAGUCAGAAUUUCGUUACUUAGUCAACAUAUUUUAUUUAUUGUGCAAAUAUGAUUGUUCAAUGCACUACCGGGUUGAUAAAUAUGAAUAGGUGAGUCGAAAUGUACUAACAAUGGUUUCGAAUAUUUUUUAAAAUGUUUUUCAAAAACUAUAAAAUUGUCUUUUCUGUGAUAUUUAUACUAUUGAGAACAUAGUGUCGUGGUAAAUUUAUUGUAAAUCCAGAGUGAGUUGAAUAAAAGUUGAGUUUUAAUAAUAGCAGUUAUAAAUUUAUUAUAUAGAGAGAAAUUGGGAUACUGUAUAAAAAUACCUCGACUUUCAUUUCAUUUCUAAAUGAAUAUUUACUCUAAAAAGUAUGCUUAUAUUGUUUAUAUUUUGACUCAUCUAAGGUUUUUUAUUACAAACUUAAAUUUAACAAAUUGUACUCUCUCGUAAACAAAUUUUUACUGUUGUAAAUAGUUUUUGUUAUUUGAUCUGUAUUGAAAAUCCCUUUUUGCAAAUAAAAUUUUUAUGCAAUAUCAUGCAGAUUACCUAGAGGCUGUGUUUUUCCAGACGUUCUAUAAGUGGAAGAUUAUUGGAAAUGAAGGUAAUUUCAGUAAAUCUCCAACAGAUUAUUGUGAUAUUAUUUAUUUUGUUUAGUGUAUAUGUUUCUUAUUUAAAUACUUUUUUCAUGUGAAUAAUACUUGUAAGUUGUGAAAAAUUGUUGUAUACAAAAUUUUAUUCACAUUUUUCAUCUUAAAAAGACGGUUUAAAUAUUAAAUUGUCAAUAUCUUGUUGAAUAACAAUCAGAAUUAGCAAUCUUAUAAAUUAUUUUACUGGCAAGAAGACCUUUUGGUCAAUUAGUCAUUUUAUUAGUCUUUUUUCUGUAGACCACAUGAAUCAGAUUCUCAAGUGCUCUCCUUAUGUAUCUGUAACUAACAUCAUCACUUAUUUGCAGAAUCUUCAGACCAAGUAAAAAGAAAACUUAUUCAUUAUACUUAUUAUUGAAGUAUUUAAGUAUUAUACUUAUGCUUAUAUAAGUUUUGUGCAUCAAAGUAAAUUUAUGGUUUUUUUAGCUCUAGGAAUUUUUCUGAACAUCCUAUAUAUUUUGCCGUGUGGCAACCCGAAUACAAAUUUACUUUAUUUUCAAAAAUAUUUCUGUAAAAAGAGAUCUUGACUAUAUAUUUGUCAUGCUGACAUAGUUAAAGGAUAAUAAGUAAAUGGGACGUAUUUUCUACAGUGCUUGUACAGGAAACUGGUUAAAUAUCAAUAUUUUCUUCUCCACCUCAGUGCAGUAUAAUCUACAAAAUGAGUACCGAUAAUUAAAUAUUUAAGAGUAUAGUUUUUUAAUAAUUAAUAUUAAAUACUAAAGUAGUUCGUAAUCCUUGGAACAUUCUUAAGUUUCUGCCUUCUUUGGUCUCAAUACUGCUAUUGUUUUUUUUAACAAUGUUAAAUUUUAUUCAAUCAGUAUUUAUAUUCUUUGUGUCUGCAAUGGUAACUCUUCUUAAUACCUUUUUUUUUUUUGGUGCUGUAAUUACUUUUACAAAACAGUCAUCCGUUUAGGAAAACUACAUCCUAUUUUUAAAACUCACCUUUUAAGCACAAAUAACUGUCAUAAUUCACAGAUGAAGUGGUGAAUUUCAUCAAAGAAGUUAUAAUUCAACUUUUUGGUAAAACCAAUCGAAACUUCUCUAGUUAAUAGGCUUCCAAACCAUUUUCUUCUAUAGGUAAAUCUUGAAAUAUAACAAAAAUUGUAUUUAGGUUUAAUGAAACAUAAUCUAUACCUGCAAGGUUUAUCCUCUUGUGUUUUCAGUUCAUUUUAAUUGUUGAAUCACAUCUUUAGAUCAUUGAAAAUAUUUAUUUCGGUUAAUUAAUGUAAUUCGAUACAUUGCCUAACUACUUGAAUAAAAAUUUAUCUAGAGCAAUUGAAUUUUGAAAAGGAACUGAAUGACCCUAUCGAAAUUUAAAUUUCUAGAAUAAUAGUGAAAUUAUUGGUGCAAUAUUGAAUCUGAUACUUUAUAUAAAUAUUGGUUAACAGUCUACAAUGAAAGAUGUAAAUAUAGUUUUUCGUCUUCCAUUUAUAGUAUCUGCCUGGAUAGUUAAAUUAACUUAUCAUUGUUAUUUUGUUCUUUGUCUGUGUACGGUAAACUUUCGUAUUUUUCUAACCUGCAACAUACCAACUUAACCUAAAAAGACAAAUUUUGAUUAUUGAUUGAUUAGAUUCAAGUCCCUAAUAAACAAAAAUUUAAUCUCAAAACUUCUCAAUAGUUUAAAAUAUAUGUUGUAAGUUGAAAAAAUGAAAGUUAUGUUUUGCUCUGCGCUAGUCGAAAUGUAUUUAUUUUAUUGCGGAUUCGAUUUCUGGUAAUUGAUAAGUCAUGUUGCACAUGUAAACCAUUACUACUAUUUAUACUGAUUACAUUAAUCACAUAUGUAACGUGCGAACAGUCACACUUUUAAUAAAGUUAUCACUUUGUUGAAAGUUUUUCUGUUUACACUAUAUUUAUAUAUCGGGUGGAAGUAUAUAUUAUAUCUAUAACGAUAAUAAAAAUUUGCAGAACUA